AUGGAAGAAGUUGUUAAAAAGCCAAAGCAUAAGUCUCCUAGCACUAUUCGAUGUCGCAAGGCGCAUUCUCUCCGACAAAAACUUGAGCGCAAGAAGAACAGACCACCAAUCAACCAACGAUCCGUCAAACUUGCACAAUUGACUGAACUUUACGGACUACCUCCCGAAACAAAGUUUCUUUUUUUCAAGAAAGGUCAAACUACACCUACUCGCAUUCACUUUGGCACCGUCGUUUGCCUUGACGAAGACACCAGCGAACUCCUAUUAGUCGCACGCUUCGUUGAGCGUACUUCAACCAAUCAGGCUCUAUUCGAACAUUACAACCACGCUAUCUCUACAGUUUAUCAUCAUGCCAAGGCACGUGGAGUGGUCAAGACUAAUGGGGCUGCGAAGAAGGUGAAAGCGCACUUACGCAAGUACGGCAAGAUGCACGCAGCUGGAUUUAGGCCUGGAUAUGAUCAUAUCGCAAAAGCAGGAGCAUAUGCGUUCAAUGCAACUACCAGUGGCCAGCUUUGGCGCAUGCAAGAGGAUCUUGAGCGCCAAGGGAAUCUUCCGGCCAUUGAGGACUUCUAUGCUGAGCGCUUUGCGGGUUUAUCUUCAUAUGCUUUCAAUUCCAACGCCGAACUAGCUUCAAGAGUUGGGGUUCCAUCUUGGGCUGGAGAAUCCUUUUACCGGUUUUAUCCAGAGGUCGACGUAGCUGGACAUCCAUUGAUUCCUUACUCGCGCCGGAUUCCGCUGCAACAAAAUUUAUACUGCUCCAAGUUGAAAGAUUUUUUUACAUACCCUGUAGCGAUGGUGUUUCCACCUAUACUAGGCCGCGUAACUAGCGGCAUCUUACCCGGUUUAGAAGCCAUUGCGUGUCAUGAUCGAAAGCCAGAUCCAAACGCAAUCCCCGGAGGCGGCUCGACUUCUCAUGAACGUGAAAGUGACUUUGAUAUCUACUUCAAAAACAAUCUGGAACCCGGGUCCUUCCACAAGAUACCUGACUAUCUUGUUCAACAUGUACAAAGACACGGCUUCCUAAACAGUCACGAGAUCGAGCAUCUUAUCAGCUCUAUGGUGUAUUUGGAAGAAGCAACUGACGACAUCAGGCAAGAUUAUUGCGAAGCCCGAAUCAUGCUUCGAUACAUUCACACGAUGUUACGUUCAGAAGAUCCCGAAGUCAUUGCUCACCGGGAAAUCUUGAAGCGUCAAGAAAAGGAGUCACGCAAACGUUACAAACGUUAUAAGCGCAUGGUUCGAGAAUAUCAAGAUGACACCGGGCUUCUGUGGGCACUAAUGGCUCAGGAGAUUAAACGCACCUGUGAUGUGGAAGAUGCUGCUGCUGCGAAUAGAAUGGAACCUGAUGUCGCCGCGCCGCCCUACACCCAUACGCCUUAA